GGUUGCUGCAGAGUGAGCGCUGAAGUCCACUGCCGCGGCAGGGGCGUGGAGGGGAGGGGGCGGACAAGACCUCAGUUGCAAACAUGGCUCAGAGCACAGACAGCGGGAAUCCGUUCGCCGAGUCCGGCGAGCUUGACAACCCUUUCCAGGACCCAGCUGUGAUCCAGCACCGACCCAGCCCGCAGUAUGCCACGCUUGACAUCUACAACCCUUUUGAGAACCGGGAGCCCUCACCAUCUUAUGAGCCUCCUGCCCCAUCCCCUGCACCGCUGCCGCUACCCUCAGCUCCCUCCAUACAGUCCUCAAGAAAGCUCAGCCCCACAGAAUCCAAGAACUAUGGCUCCUACAGCACUCAGGCCUCAGCUGCAGCAGCCACAGCUGAGCUGCUAAAGAAACAGGAGGAGCUCAACCGGAAGGCAGAGGAGUUGGACCGCAGGGAGCGAGAGCUGCAGCAUGUUGCCCUGGGGGGCACGGCCAGUCGACAGAACAAUUGGCCCCCUCUACCUUCUUUUUGCCCAGUUCAGCCCUGCUUUUUCCAGGACAUCUCCAUGGAGAUCCCCCAAGAAUUUCAGAAGACAGUAUCCACCAUGUACUACCUCUGGAUGUGCAGCACUCUGACCCUUCUCCUGAACUUCCUCGCCUGCCUAGCUAGUUUCUGCGUGGAGACCCGCAACGGCUCAGGCUUUGGGCUUUCUCUGCUCUGGGUCCUCCUUUUUACUCCUUGCUCCUUCGUCUGCUGGUACCGCCCAAUGUAUAAGGCUUUCAGGAGCGACAGUUCAUUCAAUUUCUUCGUUUUCUUCUUCAUUUUCUUCGUCCAGGAUGUUUUCUUUGUCCUCCAGGCCAUUGGCAUCCCAGGUUGGGGAUUCAGUGGCUGGAUCUCUGCUGUGGUGGUAGUGAGGACCAACACAGCUGUAGCUGUGCUCAUGCUGCUGGUUGCCCUGCUCUUCACUGGCAUCGCUGUGCUGGGAAUUGUGAUGCUAAAGCGGAUCCACUCCUUGUACCGCCGCACAGGUGCCAGCUUUCAGAAGGCCCAGCAAGAAUUUGCUGCUGGUGUCUUCUCCAACCCUGCAGUUCGAACUGCAGCUGCCAGUGCAGCCGCUGGGGCUGCGGAAAAUGCCUUCCGGGCCCCAUGACUCCUCACUGGGAUGCCCUGCCACUUGAGGAAGCUGACAUAGCCUCCAUCCCUGAAGUCUCUAGGACUUGGGGAGACAUCACUACUUGAUGGCUUCUCUGUGGUGCCCCCAAUUCCACAGCCAUGGAUGCUGAACCUAAAUUGGGGGUAUGGGGAGCCCACUGUGACCUAGUCGCUGCUCACUCUUCCCCUCCAGUCAGGCCACACAGCUGCCACCCCUCACAUUCCCCGAUCCAACUUCCCUCUGCUGUGCCAACGCUGUUGCUUCGGUUAUUUAAAUAAAAAGAAAGUGUAACUAGAACUCAC